GUGUUCAUUUUGACUCGAUUUCUACUUGAUCAUAGUUUGAUUCCAUUUAUAUUUAGUUUGUGACUUUAUGCUAAUUUUACAUCUUGUCUGUAUUCGCGAUAAGGUGCAGUUGCCUCUCAGCCUUGACUCCCAGAGUCACUGGUGACACUUGUUGCCUACUCUAUGUCAGGUACGCUCUAAGUACAUUCUCAUUUUAAUCCUCCUGGUAAUGCUGCAACGUAUGCAUGAUUACCUCUAUUUGAUUAUUGAGAAAACCAACUUAGAGAGCGUAACUAUGCUAGUUUUCUAUUACUUUUGUGACAGAUUACUACCAACUUAGUGACUGUGUUCUGUACUAGAGGCUCUUGGGGGAGAAUCAACUGUGAGCUCAUUCAGGUUGUUGGCAGAACUCAGUUCCUUGUGGCUGUAGGACUGAGGUCUCUGCUGCCUUGCUGGCUGUAGGCUUGGGCUCUUUCUCAGCUUGGAGAGGUCACCAGCCUUCCUUGGCUCAUGGUCCCUCCAUCUUUAAAGCCACAAAUGCUGUGUCAAAUCCUUCUCAUGGUUGCAAUCUCUCUGACUUCCGCCUUUUUAAAAGUUUUUUUUUUCUUUAAUUUUAAUUCCAGUAUAGGUAACAUACAGUGUUAUAUUAGUUUCAGGUAUACAACAUCAUGGUUCACCAAUUCUAUUCAUUACUCAGUGCUCAUUCUGAGAAGUGUACUCUUUAAUUCCUAUCACAUAUUUCACCCAGACUUCUGCCUUUUAAAGGGCACAGCCGGAUAAUCUCCAUAUCCUAAGGUUAGGUGACUUGGGACUUUAAUUACAUCUACAAAAUCCCUUUGUAACAGUACCUCGAUUAGUGUUUGAUUAACCAGAGGAUGGGAAUCUUGUGGGGGCCAUGUUUAGAAUUGUGCCUGCCCCAGUAACUAACUUGCCUCAAUUGGCACAGCUAGAGAGUUGGAAAGCAAGCUUUGGAAACCAAAUGUACCCAGCAUUAGUCCCUUUUCUGUCUACCAGGUUGCCCUUGUUGCAGAAAGGAGUGGUGGGCAAUACCUGAAGAGAAUGUCCAGCCCCAAUUCCUAACCUAGAGGCAUAGAAUUUAAAUAAUUCCUACAUUAAAAGUUAUAGAUUUAACAUUUUUUAAAUUGUGCAUCAAAGUAAUACUCUUUUCCAAAUGCCACCACCGGAGAGAUGGUAUGCUUGUGGGCUACCCAGACAGAUCUGGAUGAAUUCUAAGAGCCACCGUUUAUUCAUUCUGAAAUGCCAAGCCUCAGUUUCAGCACUGUAUAGUGGGAUAAUCAUAGUAUCUUACAGUUGCAUCAUGAGAGACUGAAGCAAUGACACUUAUAAAUGUUUUUCAUAAUUCCUGGCACACAGUAAGCACUCAGUUGUUAACCAUCACCUCUGCCAGCAUUAUCCUCAUCAUCGUGUUGUGGUCCUUGCCGGCCAUCAGCCCAGACAGCAAGUGCAUAUUAAGUGUAUCAAGUAUUUAUAUCCCGUAUGAUAACAUGUAAGACAAAUCGUGUGCAUUUGUCAAAUGGGAGGAAAAACUAUUAUGCCCCCGAUCUCAUUGCUGACUUGACUUUGCUUCUGAAAACCUCAGCUGUGGAUUAAUAAGUGUAAGACUUGCUGAUUUUUCCAUCUCUUGGAGACUCAGGAAUAAAAGGGGAGGAUUUUUUCUGUGCCACUCAUGUAACUGAGCGUUUGUCUGCUUGGUUCCGAUUCUGCUGGUCACUUAAAUGGAUAUAAGUUUCAUGUCAUAAUUCACGAGCCCUUGUGUCACUUUCAGGGCCCUCCUCUCAACGUGUCCUCCUCCUUUUCCCUCUUGAUCCAAGACCCAUUAUUGGAAGGUCUCUAACAUAUGUUUCAUUUUACUUUUACUCCAGACUCGAGCUUGCUGUAAACAAGAAAUUUAUUUUUAGUAUUUUUGCUCUGCAUUUUAUUCAGAUCUUUUCUCUUUCUGCAUUUGCACCACAUUCCUAGGCUGCUGUGAAGCCAACUUUUUCAAUGUGAGAAAACGAAAUGUCAUGGAAUGAAGGCUUGGUGGCGACCAACGGAAGUGCCUGUUGAGUCCUCUGUGGGGAGGAAGCUGGAGACCCCUGGAUGGUUUAAGCAGAGAUUUGAGUGAAGAAUUAUGAAGGACAGAGGUGGUAGGAGGAACCCCCAGGACUGGUUCGAAGCAGCAUAUGCUGAAGAAAACGUGGGGCUGCCCAGACCUCCGUUAGGAUGGGGGAUUGUGGGUGGGAGAGGCCACCGUGGUGUAGACACUCCUCCGCCCACCGCAGCCUCUAGAAAUCAGCGGUGGAAACGUUCCAUGGUAUGGUAGUGUUGCGGUUGGAGCUGCAGUCUGAGCUUUGGAUUUAAUCACCUUACAUCAGUUCUAUGUAUUAUUCAAACGUAGGGAGAGGAGAGAAAUUUCUAGUGAACAAAACCUUGUGAAAGCCUUCUGGCUCUGCUACCUCCCCCCUGCAUUUAACCCAGCCGCCUGCGACGUCCUUUACAAGGUGAUGUGCCCCUUUUGCUUUCCGUGUUAGCCUUUUAGCAUUCUCAUCGUCUAAGUCAUGGUUUCUCCACCGUGACCCUCGGACAUUUGGGGCCGGGUCAUUCUUUGUUUUCCCUCGGCAUUUGCUCCACACCCGGAGAGCCUUCAGCAGGAACACCUGAAGCCCUGCUCCUGAGGGCUCUUUUUGGUUUUUCUUCUGAUGAUGGGCAGUGCUAGGGAGUUAACGCCUACGAAAGGAGCCCUGGGCAAGUGUUGGAUGGGGAGGCGCUGGAGAGCUGGGACAAAUGUGCGGCGUGGUCCACACUGUCUCCCAGCACUCUCUGAUGGGAUCGGGCCCCAGUGGCCACAGAAGUGACUUGUUUGAUAACACACCUCUACCGAUGUCUGCCCCUUCGCUGACUCCCCUCCCAAAUAAACUGUAUACAUUCACAUCCUUGUCUCAGGGUCCACUCGUAGGGGAACGCGAGCUGAGACUCCGUGUUCCAAACAUUGCAAUUCGGGAUGUCUGGAGAAACCUUGAGCCAGUUCUCAAAGAUUUGUCCGUGAAACGCCAUUGAUCAGUGUUGUCACCAAGUGCUCUAAGGCCUACGCCCUGGGUGGGCCAGGCCACGCUGGGGAUGGGUGCGCGCUGCUGUGUGUCUGUGCCGAUGUGCACAUUGUUAUUUCUCGUGGGUUUGUUCUGAGUAAAGCUCUUGGAAAUUGUGUUUUCCCACAAGUUCCACAAAUGUUUCCACAUUUUAGAAAUUGUUUGAGCAUGCUCUAAGCUGUGACUUUGAAAGUCAAACAGUUUUGGCUGGUGAUAUUAUUUUUAAAGAAACAAAACAGUCUUGUUUUGUUUUUAAUUCUGGCUUUUGUUAUGCUUUGCAAUCCUUUUCUGCUCUGAGGGCCUUUGCUUCCUUUGUUUAGUGCGUGGCUUUGCAGAAGGCUCAUGGAAGUAUUUGGUAGACAUUUUUAUACGGAUGUGAUUACAGUGAAUUUUCCUGGUAAUACUUUACAUUCUAAAGCCCUUAUAACAUAGAAUGUUUCAUUUAAUCCUCACCCAAAUCUGGGAUGAUAGGAUUAGCAUCACGCUUUAAUGAAAGAGAAAGCCAAGUUCCAGAAAGUUUAAGUGAGUUUCUGUUUAGCACUUUUAACUAGUCACGAAUUAAUGUAAAACUUUCAUCAAUGUGAUCAGUGGUUCUUCAAAGACCGCAAAGAAGGACCACAUGCUCUCCAAGGGGUGUAGAGCUGUAGGAUGUGGGGAAACAUGGGGAGGAGAGGACACGGCCCUCAGCAGCAGCUAGCACGCGGAGAAAAUGAACACGAGUGAGUCAGAGACUAUAGCAGCAUGUCCCCAGGUGCUUUUCUGACCUUCCAGGAAAUCUUCACUAUUGCCGUCAGUCUCCAGCGACCUCUCAGCACCAUUAAAGCUGUGGUCCAUCUUUCCUGCGGCAGCAUCUAGGACAGCAUGGCACCCCUGUGUCGGUUCACACAAUCUAGUGCAAUUCUUUAUCUUGCUUGUGCUAAGGUUGUGCCUGGCAAGAAGAGGAAGUACUUGACUGUUUCAAACGUCGACGUUGGAUUUUGAGGCGAGGUCCAAAGCAGAUUGGUUCUGUUUCUGCCAAGGACUGGAAUCUUACCUCUGGUACCCAGGCCGGCGUCAGAGUCCCCACUGACAGUUGCCAUCCCUGAGAUUGAGCUCAGUCUGAUUUCUUAAGCCUUUGCCUGUUGCCCAGUGUCGGUACCGGGGUUGCUCCUAUGGGAACCCAACCCGAUUGCCUCCUCUGGGCCCUUCUACCAACAGUGAACCUGAGUCAUGACUAAGGCAUUCUGCACUAACCAGGAUUUAUUUGGAAAACAGAAAACCUUUAGCUAUUUCGAGAAGAAAGUGAUUUGAUACAAGAGUUGGAGGCUUACGAAGGAACUGGAGAGGCCGGCAGCCACCUUUAUCGAAACGGGGCGGAUAGUAACAUAAAGAAAGAACCACCGGUGAUCUCAGCUACCUGCCGUAGCCAGAAGCACCUGGCGACACCUCCCAUUGCUCAUCUGCCAAAGCCCACACACCUGCCUGCCACCACCACGCUGGGCGUUGGCUUCUCUCCUGCCCCGUGAGUGUGUCCUGUUUGUGUGGCCUCACUCUGAACCUCGAUGACACAAAGCCUGGAGAAGGUAGCUCACACACUUCUAGCCUCAGAGAUACUGGGAACAGCGUAAAAGAAAGAACAUAGUGCUGAGUAGCUUACUGAUAGUACAGGCUAUAUCCUGUCUCUAGAAAUUUUCUGAAGCUGAGUAUUGAGCCUUUAAGUAGGACACUUAAAGAGGACAGUGUUACUCCUCCAAAGUCAAAGAUGCUAAGAAAAACAUUUCUUAUCUGGAGCUCUGUAACGGUGGCCCUGCAGAUGCCACUGCCCCGGAAGCUCUGGUGCUGUCCAGCCACCGUCGACCCCACCGUGUUCUUCAACGUCACCGUGGAUGGCGGGCCCUUGGGCCAUGUCUCCUUUGAGCCGGUUGCAGGCAAAGUUCCAAAGACAGCAGAAAACUUUCAUGCUCGGAGCACUGGGGAGAAAGGAUUUGGUGAUAAAGGUUCCUGCUUUCGCAGGAUUAUUUGGGAAUUUCUGUGCCAGGACUGUGCCUGCACAUGCCAUAAUGGCACUGGUGGCCAGUCCAUCUAUGGGGAGAAAUCUGACGAUGAGAAUUUCAUCCUGAAGCACACAGGUCCUGGCAUCUUGUCCGUGGCACACGCUGGACCCAACACAAAUGCUUCCCAGGUUUUCAUCCCCACUGCCAAGACUGAGUGGUUGGAUGGCAAGCAUGUGGCCUCUGGCAAGGUGAAAGAGAGAAGGAAUAUUGCAGAAGCCAUGGAGGGCUUUGGCUCCAGGAAUGCCAAGGCCAACAGGAAGACCACUAUUGCUGACCAACACUUGACUUGUGUCUUAUCUUAACUACCAGACCAUUGCUUCUGUAGCUCAUGAAGGCACCCCUUCACCCCCAUCUGCUGGAAAUAUCCUAUAAUCUCUGUGCUCUCGCUGCAGUUCUGUGGGUUCCAUAUUUUCCUAAUACUCCCCUCCAAGUCUAGCUGGAUUGUGGAGUUAUGUUUAUGAUAAUGAAAGAAAAACUAAACAGCAACAAUAACACCAACCAAAGAUUCUGUAAUGGUUCUAAUAGUGGAUGUGAAUCACUUGUAUCAAGUGAUUUGAUACAAGGGUUGGAGGCUUACUGACUAGUCCAAGCAGAACUACCAGGAAAAUUGGGCAGCUCUCUGUACCCACACCUUUACUCUGCACAGUAUAGUUGUACCCUGAGAUUUCCUUAUUUCCUGGUAAAAUAUGUACCACACUUUAGUCAGCUGACUCAGUGUCCGUUCUACUCCUGUAUGCCAAGGUCACAGUCUUGGAUACGUUUUGGGCUAAGUCUGCUCCUCCAGAGACGAGUCUUGGAAAAAGUCCCCAGGAGGCAGUGGGGACUGGCCAGUGGGUCAUCCCUGAAUACCUGCUCCAUCACAUAGUCGUCCAGGGCAUGGGACUUGGCUGAGUGCUAACACCACUGUGGCUGUUGCUUUUAGUGGCAUAUUAUACUUGUCAUCUGAUUCACAACAUUUGCUUCCAGAAGCUGUGCUUUUGGCCUGGGUACAAGACUAAAAGGCUGAAGCAACCAUGAAAUUGACCUAAUGCUGUUUAAAAAUGUUACUGCUUCUUACGAGUCAUGAAGUCUGAUUUACUCCUCAUAGAAUGUUAAUAAUCAGGUUUCUUUUCAUCGCAAAGUGAAAUAGUCUUCGUAUAUUCAUGAUUAGGUGUUGGGAAGGAAAUUUUACUCUGUUUAGUAGAUUAAUUAAUAGUAAAUAUGACGCCGUGAUGUAUUUUUUUUUCCCUCAAGAACAUUUUAUAAAACCAGAACUCAGUAAAGCCAAUUGUUCUUUUGGAUAAGCCAAAUAAAAAGUGUUCUACCUAAGCACCU